UCGGCAGUUUUCAGGGAUACGAAAAGUUCUAGCGUGUCUCUAUUACAUCACUCUAAUUUACACCAUCAACUUCGGCAAGGUGAAGCAAGUUGRUAUUCACAUCAAGAUGUGUUCUAUAAUUCGGUACCUAAAGUUGCUAUCGUGCAUUCUUUACUUGGCGAGUGACUGCCUCGGUCUCUCCCACCAAGAUCCCUCGAUCUCCCGUCGACAUGCAUUUGCCCAGACCGCCUCUGUGGCGGCUGCUGGCCUCGUCACGGCGGGAGCAAGCUCCACCAAAAUCGCGGGUGCGGCUUCCCCGGAUUUGAAGUUUCAGACGUCACAAUCCGGAAUCCAGUGGGCAGACGCGAGGGUAGGAACUGGACAGCCCCUCAAACCCGGUGCAACCGCCACCAUCGAUUACGUAAUGUCAACGACCGGGGCGCGCUACGGAACGAAAAUCUACAGCACURCCGAUGUAGACAGGCCGUAUCGAUGGAAUCUGGGAGAUGGUUCUACGAUUGCCGGUAUCGAACAGGCUAUACUGGGCGACGGAGAAUCUCUGACCCCGAUGCGUCCUGGUGGAAUCCGAAGAAUCGUGAUCCCCCAGUCCCUGGGCUAUGCCAAACUAGCAGCCGACUCUAGGACUCUUUGCGUUGAGAAUGGAGCUCCCGGACCGAUUCCUCCUCCAAAAGAAGCUUUCGAAGAAUACCAGAGAUUCAAAAAUAUUUAUUGCAAUAAUGAAAGGCAGUAUCAACCUGACAUCGUGAUGGACGUAAAACUUUACGGUCAGAGAUGAAACUUUGUAAUAUUAUUUCAAAAAACGAUAAAUAUUUAGCGUAGUAUUUGGACUGGUCAAUGGGAGGGCUUGAAGACAUAAAUUAGAUCACCACUG